AUGGAUAUGCAGUGCUUUCCCCUGCGCAUGUGCAGCCAGCGCCACUUUCCUGUUGCCGGUGCUCCAGCCUCGCUAGUUCUGAGGUUACAAGAGCAGGUGAGCUCUUUGCGGGUCCGCGCCUUCCCGCGGCUGGUGUCCCAGCAUCCAGGUGUGAGCUUGUGUCUAGGGUUCCGGGUUCUAUCUCCGAAAGCGGGUCUGCCUAUCCCAGAGCUUGGCCUGGACUUACACCUGGGGAAGGCGGGCGGGGGCGGGCCCCAGCCCCAUUGGUCUCCGUGGGCGCGGGUGAGGCUGAGCCCUGGUCUGAAGAUGCUCCGCGCAGCAGAAGCAGUUCUUAAUCACCUUGUCCAGAGAGAGCCAGACUUGGUGAUGUCGCCACAUCCAGAAGCCAUCACAGUCUGUGUGACAGUGGAAACUGUGGACCAGCUUGCAGAAGGUGGUUAUCCUUCACAGUUCUCCACACUCUCUCAAGAGCAGCAGAAAAUGAACAUACAUCAGGCAUCAGUGUCAUUCAAGGACGUGACUGUGGAGUUCACCCAGGAGGAGUGGCAGCAAAUGGGUCCUAUUCAAAGGACCCUGUAUAGAGAUGUGAUGCUGGAGAACUACAGCAACCUAGUCUCAGUGGGAAACUGCACUUCCAAACCAGAGGUCAUCUUCAAGUUGGAACAAGGAGAAGAGCCUUGUUUCUUAGAGGAAGAAUUCUCAGACCAGAGUUACCACAAACAUUACAGAGAUGAUGACCUGAUCAAGAGGAAGAAGAGAAUCAAAGACAAACACUUGCAGCAAAGAACUCAUGCUGGAGAGAAAUUUGAUCAAUGUAACAAAAACGGGAAAGCCCUCAGUUAUAAGGAAAAUCAUCCUGGACAUCAAAAGUGCCAAAUUUUGGAGCAAGAUCUUGAAUACAAUGAAACUGAAAAAUUCUAUGAUGCUGCUGCCUAUGUUACAGAUAAGAGUACUGACACAGGAGGAAAAUCCUGUAAAGAUGAUGAGUUUAGGAAAAACUGUGAAAAGAUAAGUCUCUUUGACCUAAAAAGAACUGUGACAGGAGAGAAACAUUCUCAUGUUAAGCAGUGUGGGAAAUCCUCCUGUAAGAAGUCAGCUGUCCAGGAAUACAAUACAUUUAGUAUGGCUGUGAAACACUAUGAAUGUAAUGCCAGUAGGAAUAAUUUCAACAGGAAGUCUUAUCUCACUGAGCCUCAGAGAACUAUCACAGAAGGGAACGCAUUGGUUUAUAAUGACAAAAAACAAACUGGGGAUAAAUCCUUUGAAUACCGUGAAAAUAGGAUAUCAGCCCACAAGGUACGCCAGAGAACUCAUUCUCAGGUAAAACCCUAUAAAUGUAAUGAAUGUGGGAAAUCCUUCUGCCAAAAAGGACAUCUCAUUCAACAUCAGAGAACCCACACAGGAGAGAAACCUUUUGAAUGUAAUGAAUGUGGAAAAACUUUCUCCCAGAAGUCACAUCUCAGCACACAUCAGAGAAUUCACACAGCAGAGAAACCCUAUAAGUGUAAAGAAUGUGGGAAAACAUUUGUCCAGAAAUCAACCCUCAGGGGACAUCAGAGAAUUCAUACAGGAGAGAAGCCCUAUGAAUGUAGUGAGUGUGGGAAGACUUUUGUUCAAAAGUCAACCCUUAGAGACCAUCAUAGAAUUCACACAGGGGAGAAAUCAUUUCAGUGUAAUGAAUGUGGGAAAACUUUUGGCCAGAAAUCAAACCUCAGAAUACAUCUGAGAACUCAUGGUGGUGAGAAAACCUAUCAAUGUAAUGAAUGUGAAAAAUCCUUCUGGCGAAAAGACCAUCUCAUUCAACAUCAGAAGACGCACACAGGAGAGAAACCAUUUAAAUGUAAUGAAUGUGAGAAAACUUUUGCCAGGACAUCAACUCUCAGAGUUCAUCAGAGAAUUCACACUGGGGAGAAACCAUUUAAAUGUAAUGAAUGUGGGAAAAAAUUUGUCCGGAAGGCAAUCCUUAGUGAUCAUCAAAGAAUUCACACAGGGGAGAAACCCUUUAUGUGUAAUAAAUGUGGGAAAACUUUUGGCCAGAAAUCAAACCUCAGAGUACAUCAGAGAACUCAUAGUGGGGAGAAAUCUUAUGAGUGUAAUGAAUAUGGAAAAUUGUAUAAAAAGUCAAUCCUAAAUGUAUCCCAGAGAAUUCAGGGAGGGAGAAAACCCUAUUGA